UUCUUCGUCAGCACAUGAUACAAAUGAUUGAUGGACAAUGCUGACGUUGGGGGAGCUUGCUCCGUUCCCGCUUGAUAUAAGUCGACUAUCUUGCCUCACGCAGUGGUGUGUUAGGUUCCAUUAGAUGUCGCGCCGACAGCGCGUGCGCCGUCUCAAGCGCGUGCACUCUGGCGCGGGCGGAUGCGGAUGCCGAUGCUGAAGAGCCCAUCGUGCAGCGCGCGACGUCGCGACGGCCAGCGCCGCUCGGCGCUGAACGAGACGUCGUAUUGGACGUCAAACUCGGCGCUCGGCGGCGGUGCAUCAUCAACGCAUGCAUGGCGCCUCCCGCACAACACGCCAGCUGCGCGGCUCAGUGCAACACCUCCCGCAGCAGCAGCACCCGGGCAGGCAGCAGCGGCAGCGGGAGUGCCCAGCGGCAGCGGCCCCCCAUCACUAUCCACAGGAGAUGCGGGAAAUACAGUCGACAUUAGCCCGCAGCUAGGGCGGCGUGGGGUGCUGUCGGCGCUGACAGCCGCGCCGCUGCUGCUGCUGCCGGCGGCUGGCGGCGAGCUGGCACCUGCGCAAGCUGCCACACGCACGCCUGCUCAGUGCCGGGCCCAGUUUGCGCCAUACCUGGUGCAGCCCGACUACUCGGGACCCGGGCCGCUGUCAGUGGGCCGGCUGCCCCGGCGCGAGCACACCUGCACGGCCUGCUUCCCGGCGCUCACCUCGCCCGCCACCACCCUCAAGCUGGACGUGUACUACCCGCGCGCGGGCGGCGCGGACCUGGGCCUGGGCCCGCCCUUCCCGCUGGCCGUGUUCAGCGCCGGCUUCCUGCUGCCCGCGGACAGCCUGGCGGGGUACGCGGAGAGGCUGGCCAGCUGGGGCUACACCUGCAUCCUGUACGACCGCAAUGAGACGGUGGCCAGCCUGCUGGACGACGCCGCCUGCUGCCUGCUGCUGCGCGAGCUGCUGGACUGGGCGGCCGCGGACCCGCUGAUGCGGCGGCUGGCGGACCCGGCGCGGCAGGGCGUGUACCUGGUGGGGCACUCCAGGGGCGGCAAGCUGGCGGCACUGGUGGGCGCUGAGGACCGCCGCGUGCGGGCUCUGUGCCUCAUCGACCCGGUGGACAACACAGUGUAUGCGCCGCUGCGGCCCGGGUUUCCCUCAGCUUUGGCUGCACUGCGCAAUCUGCCCCGUGAACGCCAACUGCCGCUGGCGGUGGUGGGAGGCGGCAUGGGCGGAGACUGCGCGCCCCGGGAGGCAAACUUCCGGCGCUUCUUCGCCGCCUCCACCUCCCCCUCCUGGGAGGUGGCACUGCCGGACGCGGGCCACUUCCAGUUCCUGGACUCCAUGUCGGCCCUGCAGCGGGUGGUGUGCCCGACGGGGGAGGUGCGGGAGGAUGCAGUGCGCGACGUGGCGGCGGCAGUCAUGGUGGCGUGGGCGGAGAGCAUGGUGCGGCACCGAGGUGCCGACAUCUUCCAGCUGCCCGUGCCCUACCCGGAGGCAUGCAGCGGCAGCGGCGGAGGCGGAGGCGGCGGGGGUCUGGACGGCACCUCCAGUGGCACCAGGAGCGCAGCGCUGGGCGGCAGCGGCGGAGGCGGCAGCAGCAGCAGCAGCAGCUACGCCGCCUCUUCUUCUGCCAAUAGUGCUAACACCAGCAGUAGCAGUGGCAGUAGCAGCCCGCAGCACCUGGCACAGCUAGCGCAGCUGCAACGGCGGCAGGGCCUGCGCGGGGCUGCCUCCCUGGCGGCAGUGGCGCUGUCGCAGAGCGCACUGGACGCGUGGGUGGCUGCGGAGGCGGAGGAAGCCACGGCGGAGGCUGGUGCCGGGGGCGGCAGUAGCACGGCCGACAGCGCUGUAGGCAGCGGCGCACUCGGCAGAGCAAGCGGAGGCAGCAGCAGAGGUGAUGCAGGCGGUAGUGGCAGCAGCAGCGACGGCAGCAACAGCAGCAUAGCUUACGGCAAUGGCAGUAUAGGCAGCAGCAGUAGCAGACAUGGCAGUAGCAGCAGCAGUGGGCUGGUGGUGGUGCAGGAGGCCCUGCAGGACGGGCUGGAGCGGCUGGUGAAGAAGUUGCAGUACAACACAACACUCACUCUGGCAACACGAUUCAAGAACUUUGAGAGCUGAAUAAAAUGCGAAAGCUUAUUUUAUUUGCCGAUGUUUACGCGGCCGGUGGGUCAUGAUGGGCGGCCGUGGGCUGUGUGGUGCCAGGUGCCGUGGGUGGUGCGACCGCGUGAUGCCGAGAUGUAUUGAGAGAGUGAGGGUGGGUGUGGUGGACAAGGGCCAGGGGCGAGGCGGAAGAGUGCGCAUGGCACAUACCCAUGUGCAGUGCGGUGGGCUGUGCGGACGCUAGUGAGGAGUGGAGGAGUCGACGAUGGUGGAGAUGUCCCAUCAGGUAGAAUGGCCCCUCAUGUGAUAGAUGGAGCAGAAGCUUGACUACUGAACAUAACGGAGCGCACGGGACCCAAGCCGCUGCACACAUGUUAGUAAGGUGCGCUGGCUGCAAUAAUCGCAAUGCCUGCAGCAACGCCCUUUGGAGUUCGGCCCAUCCCGCCCCUCAUCUCCCUGUAGUCACG